AUGUCUUCAACAAAUAUUCUAGGCAACCUCAACCAGGUAUGCAUUGCCACACCAGAUUUUUAUAAGACCCUCGACGAGCUACGUUCAGUCGGCUUGGGACCUUUUCAAGUAUACCGCUUCAACUCCGAUACCGUUUCGGAUCAGAAAUACUACGAGGAGACAGGUGACGAUUUAUAUGAGAUGGAUGUGGCCUUUGCGUAUAAUCCCGAUUCAACGGCGCCAGUUAUCGAGGUCAUGCACCCCAAAAAGGGAAAGUCUGUUAUACAAGAUUAUUUGGAUAACCACGGCAACAAAGAGGGAGUGCAGAGCAUUGCUUAUGAUAUGAGCACCUUGACAAUGGAUGAGCGCAUAGAAGCGAUGAAGGAUAAAGGCUACAAGCCUGCUACGUCGGGCUACUUCAUUGGCAAAAAGGGGGGAACGAAAUUCUGCUUCUUUGAUACCGCCGACAAUGACCGCGUUCCAACGUGCUUCGAGACGAUCGAGUGGUCGAGUGAUUGGGUAGCCCCAGAUCCUGAGUGGUACCCAAAUCCGCCAAAUGCAUAG